GCAAGAAUGGUAUACGUAUCUCUUGAGCUAGUUUGACAAUGUUCAACUUAGACAAAGCAUAUCAAAUAGAUUACACAACGAGUUCAUUCGGUGCGCUAUUUCUUUUUCAAAGCAUAGAAUCUGAAGCAAAACACGUUUCAAGCGUUAAAUAUAAUCUAUAUUUUGGGGGGGUAAAAACAACGAAUACAAAUAAGCCACGUGGAUGCAAAUUGCUUCAAUGCAACAACAAUAAACAAGGAACAAGCAAAUGUGGUUUUACAAAAGCACUUUUGGCUACUUAAACAACCCCGGAGGAGGGUGGUUAAAUGAUUUACGAACGUAUUUACUAACUUUUUCUGGGCUUGUUGAGGGGCGAAAAGGGGCGCGUCCUCGUCCUGGUUGUCACGCUCGCCUCCACUGGUGCAGGAGAGAAAGAAGGGGAGCGAGGAGGAGGAGGAGGAAGGGGAAGGAAAAAGAAAAAAAAAAAAAGUUCAAGUCAAAAAUGGCUUCCUUGUCUCUGGAGCCCACAGAACAAUCCGACAAUAGCGCAGAGGAGCCCACCGCUGCGGAAGACGAGAAAGACGCGGAGCAAGUCGCCGAACGCCUGCUCCAAACUUUCCAGCUGUCCGCGGUGAGUUUUUCCACGGAGCAGGUCUCGUGUCUGUGCGAGGCCCUCCUGCAGGCGGGCAAUGUGGAUCGCCUGUGGAGAUUCCUCUCCACCAUCCAUCCGUCGUCCGAGCUGCUACGUGGCAACGAGACCCUGCUCAAGGCCCAGGCUCUGGUGGCGUUCCACAAGGAGCGCUUCAAGGAGCUCUACGCUUUGCUGGAGAGCCACGACUUCCAACCGUCCAACCACGUCUUCCUGCAGGACCUCUACCUGAGGGCUCGCUACAAGGAGGCGGAGAGGUCCCGCGGCCGCAGCCUGGGCGCCGUGGACAAGUACCGGCUCAGGAAGAAGUUCCCCCUGCCCAAGACCAUCUGGGACGGCGAGGAGACGGUGUACUGCUUCAAGGAGAAGUCGCGCAACGCCCUCAAGGAGUGCUACAAGAGCAACAGGUACCCCACGCCGGACGAGAAGAAGAACCUGGCCAAAGUCACCGGGCUGUCCCUCACGCAGGUCAGCAACUGGUUCAAGAACCGCAGGCAGAGGGACCGGACCCCGCCAGGGACGCGCUGCAAAAGUGAGUCUGAUGGAAACCACAGCAGCGAGGAUGAGAUGAGCACCAUGGACGACACCCCGGACAAAGUGGACGAGCCUGCUGCCUCCAAGGCAUCCAUCAUCUCGCUCUCAGCAGUCAACUGCGCCUCGGGAAGUCAGCUCAUUGUCAAUGGUUCGGGCGGCUUUCUCACGGCUUCCCAACCGUUACUGUUCAACGGCAAUUCCCUCAUCUCCGGUACCGGCGCUGGUGUCAUCAUCAAUGGGCUGAGCUUAGGGGAUUGCCAGAAAGUCAGCCUGAGUCAGAUGGCCAGCUCGCCUUUGAUUCUGAACGGGGCUCAGGUUCUCGCCAAACAAGAGGGUCCGCAGCAAGCAGUUUCCUUGGCAGACCAGCAGGUUUCUCCCAUGGUUUUAAAGCCAAACAGUCUCCCAGCAGUUGUCCUCAGCACUAACACCUCACCGGUCUCUAACCCAACAUCAGUCAUCACUCUUCCCAUGCAAGCCAAGAGCCAAAGUAGCAAUGCGAUGGAUUUCAUCACUGUGCCCGAAGACAUUAUAAAACAAGAAAGCAGCCAGACAGCGUGCGUCUCUUCAUCCUUGUCUCCCUCGCCGCCAACUCUGUCGCCAACAAGCCUUCCUUCCCUGGUCCUUACACAAACCUCCCAGUGCCAGGAGGCCAUCGCCCAACCAUCCGCAGCCUUGCCCAUCUCCAGCUCUGCCUUGUCCCUCCCAAGUCAGCAAGGGGACUAUGUCGUCUUUGCCAGUUCGGCCCCUCAAAUAAACCCUCCUAGCACGCUGGUCAACUCCAAUCACUCAAACCCUCAGGUGUUCUCCUUGCCCCAGGUUGUGCCUUCCAUCCAGGGUAUACCAGUAUCCCAGCUCGUUCAGCACUCCUCCGUAGCACAUGUGUCCCAAUGUCCUCAGCUAGUCCCGGUUUCCCCCCUCACGUCACCAACCAUCAACUUCCAAAGCCUUCCGACAAUGAGCAGACAGCCAGAUGCUUCUACACGGUUGGCUGAUGGUGCCACAAAUAUCGUGUCUAUCUCACAGGUACCCAGUACUCCUCUCCCACAGCAAGUGACGCACCAAAUGGGGACCCAAACCAUCAACUGCUCGCCCGCUAAACUCCAGAAGCCACAGAUCAUGUCAAUCUCCUCACCAACACGAGUGGUUCCAGUACCUCAGGCGAAAACCACCGUACCAGCUCAGUUAGUUCCCCUCUCUCUGCCCCAACUGGUGCCAGUCUCAUCCAUCCAGACGUCCUCUGCCAUCUCGUUCCCCCAGGUGGUUCCUGCCAGUCCCCCUCUUUCCAUGACCUCAGCCGGAGUUCCCUUGCAGAUUCUGGCUUCAGCGCCUGGCGGGAUCAAUCAAAGUCCUCUCAGAAUAAACCAACUGAGACCUAUUCACAGUGUAGCCCCCCCAACCAGUGUGACACCUGGUAUGCAUCUGCUCAACUCUGGGAUCAUUCAGCUAUCUUCUGCACCUCAAGGUAACCUUCUCCUGGGUGGAAGCCCCUACUUGAGUGUCCAGCAAGGGAAGCUGAUUCUGACCAUUCCGGCUGGCUUCCAACUCACCAGUUUGCCUCUGAAACCAGUUCCUGAUACAUCCCCUCAUCCUGCCAAUGGGGUGAGCCUUGGUCUCACCCCUUCAAACGUCCCUGUAACGUCCCAACUUUUGACCACCCCGGACCAGCCCGCCAACGUCCUCGCAACACCUCCGCUGAACUUCCUCAAUCUGCCUGCUCCGUACUACACCACGGAGACUGAGAGUGCAACCACCCAGACACCCCCUGUUUCCUCGCCGACCGCGCUGGACCCGUCAGUCGCCCCCACCACGCCAAACGCGCUCUCCCCGGAGCGCAUGCUCACCCUCAGUCCCAUGUAUGGAGGUGGGGUGACGCCCAACAUCCAGUUGUCCCAGCCGGCCUGGAGCCCGCUGCCCCUUUCCACCUCGGCCGGUCUUACUCUUUUUGAUGGGCGAGGGAAGGGAGAGCUAUCUGGAGAGCCAACUUUGUUGGGUCUACCGGGUGGGGAGGCCCUGCUUUUGGGGAGCCCCUCUACAGAGCAGGACACCAGCUCCCUACUAGGGCAUGCGGAAGAAAUAGAUGGGGAUGCUAAGAUUCUGACUCAGCUUCAAUCGGUCCCCGUGGAUGAUGAGCUGGGCUUGUAGACUUGUUUACCUACCACUUUUGGGGAAAAAAAAGAUCACACCGCAGUAAAAACAAUGAAACAUGCCAUAUGGUGCCUAUUAGUUUAUGUUCUUGACCUGUUCACUCAAGUACGACCAUCACAGCCUCACCUGGCACUUAGGAGAGGAAUCUUCUGCAGCUUUAAUAGACAGCAUGGGGCAUCCAUGCAUUCAUUUUCUACCGGUUGACUUUGGGCUAAAGGGAGACUGCACGCUGGAUUGACCGCCAGUCGAUCACAGGACACAUAAGAGACAGACAACCAUUUACACUUACCUGCACCUAGUCAGUGAACGUCAAGUCAUACCAUGCUAGCUAUGCCAAAGUCAACGUGCUAAUGUUGACGGUAGGUUCUGGAGUUUCUGGAGCAGUGCUUUUCAACUCCCCUUAGACAACAAAACUGACCAUCCACGAUAUACACACUCUAAAUUGAUUACAGGUAUUACGGUUAUUUUUAUCUUAAAAAUAAGCUUUUAGAAUCUUUUUAAAAAUCACUAGAUGCAAUCACCGUCAAUGCAAUAUUUUCCCACAGUGACACUGAAAUUGUAGGUGACUCAACACUUUUGAACAUUAAAGACAAAUAACAUUUAAAAAAAUUAACCCAACUAGGAUAAUUUCAUUUUAGCAACAAAUUAUUUGAAGAAGUUUGGGAAACCUCAUGUCAUAGAUUUUUGUUUUUAAGUGUCACAGUGAUUCUUUCACACAGGCAAUUUGCGUAGUUAGAAAAUAGCAUCUCAUUUUAGCAACACAUCAAUUCAAACAAUUGAAAGGCUUUCAAAAUUUCACGGCAAAUCAUUUUGACUAAGCAGUGGUUCUGAUAAUAACCCUAAUAAUUCAUGACUGCUCAAUUUGCGGCUUUCUGUAAUACUGCAUUUUAGGACCACAAUUGGAAAUCAUUGCAAGACUUGUGGGAAAUGUCAAGUCAGAUUUAUUUAUUUAUUUAUUUUUCUCAUCAGUGCUUCUGAUUCCAAAAUAACUGACUACACAUUUUGCUGCUUUAUGUAAUACCAUCUCACUUUAGCCAAUUUAUCAGAUCAAAUCAACGCAAGACAUUGUGUAAUUUUAAGUCUAUCAAGGUAAUUCUGAAACCAAAAUAAUUUGACUGCUAAAUUUGCGUCUUUUCAUAACACUAUCAUUUUAGGAGGUUCACACAUUCAUUGAAACCACUGGAAGACGAGUGAAAUUUCAAGUCAGAGAAUUUUCUUAAACGUAUCACAGUGGUUCUGACACCAAAAUGAUUCAUCAAACCCAACCCAUCUUGCUGCUUUUCGUAAUACCGUCUCAUUUUAGCAAGACAAUUAAAAUCAUUGCUAGUAAGAAUUUUUAAAAACAUCACAGCGAGUCUGACACAAAAUCAAUUCAAGGCUUGCACAUAGUGCUACAUUUUGCAAUACUAUCUUAUUUUAACGAUGCAGUCACAAAAAUCAUUGCAAGAUGUUUGUGCAAUUUCACUUUUUGUGACUUCACGAUAAUCUGAUACCAAAAUAGUUAAUGACUGCUCCAUUUGCUGCUUUUCAUCUCAUUUUAGAAGCACAGUAAUUAAGAGCAUACCAGUGAGACAUUUCAAAAACGUAUAGAUAGUAUAUAUGGUAUUUGGACACCACAAUAAUUCAUUACUGCGGACCUUACUGUUUUCCCAUAAUAGAGCAGCAUCCCAUUCUAGCCACUCAUUAAAGGCAUCGCAAUGAUGUUGAUGAAAUUUCACACCAGAGAAUUUCCUUAAACAUGUCACAGUGGUUCUAACGCCAUCAUAAUUCAUUACAGCUUUUUGUAAUACUGAUUCAUUUUCGGACUACUUUCAUUGAAAAUCAUUGCAAGUCAGAAUUGUCGGUUCUGACACAGGUCACAGUAGUUCUGGAACCGUAAUUCAUUACCACACACCUUUUCGUACUUUUUGUAAAACUGUCUCAUUUUAAGAUAUUCAAAUCAUUUCAAGACCGUCAAAUUUCAAGUCAGAGAAUUUUCUUAAACAUAUCACAGUGGUUCUGACACCAAAAUAAUUACCACGCAUCUUGCUGUUUUUCAUAAUACUGUCUAAUUUUAGCAACACAUUAACUAAAAAAAAAAGUCAUUGCAAACAUGAUGGUGAAAUUUCAAUAAUUUAAUUUCCAACCAAAGAAUGUUGUUUAUUUUUCAAGCUGUUGCGCCUCCCCUGAAGUCCUCUGGCAUCUCACAUUUUGAAAACCUGUUAAAAGAAAGUGGAUCCAGAUUGGAUCAUUGGACGAUACCGCGCAAGAAAUGAUCAUGACCUCGUUUAUUCUCACAGCUGGUGCGAAUGUUUCGCUCCGCUUGCACUGUGGAUGUGUAUGGCUUUUGGUUGGCAGCGCGGUCAAAGUUAGUUUUGGAGGCAACACAGUAAACUAUUCACCAGACCAUCUGGGAAAGGCACAGGUCUUGAAAUAGUUGGGUGUUGGCUGACAUGUCCAAAAAUGUUUGUAUUUUUUUCCAUAUUGUUUGAUGUUCUACUAACAAGGAGUCCACAUUUUUUAUGUGAAACACUAUACUGUAUGUUAAAGCUUCUAAGGACGUCCAGUUGUAUUUUAUCAGUUGCCUUUGCCACUUAAACGAGACAACUGCCCUCCAUUUUUAACAAUAUUAACUAUGCAAUAUUUACGCUUAUAGGACACUAAAGUGUUUCAAGUUGGUAAACACUUGGGAGCGCAAUGAAAGCUUUCCAUUUCUGAACUUGACAUCAGGAUGCUGCAUGAUACUAAAAGACAACGAUAAGUGCCUUAUAUUAAAGCUUACAUUUUGAAUAAAAUGUUUUGACAUGUCUGCAUCCGAACGGGACUCGUUAGAAUACACACUCGUUCAUGUAUAGUUUUCAUUCCUGGUAAAAAUGUGUUUUAUUUUGAGUUUUCUUUGUAUAUUUUGCACAUUUCACCCAUACAAUGUUUACACCGUGUUGCUAUAACAAUGUUGGUACUCGUGAUCAGUUUGGACUUUAUAAUUGCAGAAAAGCUCAACUCUUUGCUUUAAUUCUAGUCUGAAAUUGUCAUGUGAACCUUCCACAGUCAGCGGUGAAACCAGUUUUGGCCAUUUAUGGUACACAAAAAAAAAACAUGCAAGUGUUGUGUUGUGUUAUACGGAAGCGUAUUGCAUUCACUUGGAUUAAAAAACAAAAAAACUCCUGUUUUUUUCUGAGUAAUUUUUUUGAGGGCUUUGUUUUUUUGAAUAUUUUUUUCUGAGUAUUUUUUGUUUUUCUGACUGUUUUUCUGUCUAAUCCCUCCCCCCCAUUUUAUGACUAUUUUCCCCCGCGUUUUUCUGAGUAAUUUUUUUCCUGAGUAAUUACACCCCCCCCCCCCCCCCCCCCCCACACAUGUUUUUCUGACAAUUUUUUUUCCUAAUGACUAAUAACAAUACCAUCUAUGUGAAUCAGAGACAAUAGUAUCUCCCAGUGUCUUAAACCCAUAUCAAAAUAAAACUUGAUCAAACUAAAUAAGCCGGUCAUGUUGCUUACUACGGAGUCCGCAGAGUCACUUGCAGUUCGCAGGUUCUCACGUGAGUUCGAUGUGUCCCGAUAACUCAGAAAAACAGAACAAAAAUACUCAGAAAAACAGACAAAAACAAAGCCCUCAAAACAAUUACUCAGAAAAACUUUUUUUUUUUUUUUUUUUUAUCCAAGUAAAUGCAGUACGUUUCUGUCGUGUUACAAUAACGGCAUGUGUAUUUUUUGUUAUGGCAACAUACAAAUACAUGUAAAAAGUGUAUCCUUGUUCAAAAGCCAGGCUUAUGUGAUUAUAAAAGGAGACCAAGAUAAAUAAUUUCAAAAAGAAAAUUCCACCAUUAAUGUGACCUAUAACCUGUACUAUUGGAAAACAAUGAAAUAUUUUAGAGGGAUGUAAAAAUUAACAACUAAAAUGUGGUUGCACAAGUGUAGACAACCCAAUAACUGGAAUGUGGCUGUUCAGAAUUUUCUAAUCACAUUCCAACUCAAUAAAUGGGAGUCAGCACACAUCUGCCACCAUUUAAGAUGUCUCUGACUAAACCCAAAUACAGUUCAGAUGUUCGAGUAGAUGUUUCUUGAUUUUUUUGUUGUUCUUUCUAGCAGAAGCCAAAAGGUUUUGUACUAACACUGACUGUUAUUUUGAACUGUUCAUGAUUUCCUCCAGUUCCAACUGGAGAAAAAACCCCAAAGCAUGAUGCUGCCAGCACCAUGCUUCACUGUUGGUAUUGUGUUCCUUUUUGGUGUUGUGUUUGCUCCAAACAUACCUUGGUUCCAUUGGACCGUAACACAUUUUUAAACGUGUUUGGAAGAUUUUGUCACCAAAAGAACGGCAUACUUACAGUAUACCAUGGUGGUGGCAGCAUCAUGCUUCAGGGCUGUUUUUCUUCACCUUGACUUGGGGCCUUAGACACGGAGGAUGCAAUUAUGAGCAGUUCCAAAUAGCAGUCAGUGGAAGCACACAAGCUUCUACUGGGAAAAAAAAAAUCAAAUAAUGAAGUUUUUUUUAAAUGCCAGGAAAAGCCGACUAGAAAAUCUGAACUUUGAGGUUAAUCAAAGGCACUUGAAAUGGUGGAAAUUGUGUGUCGACUUCCAGUAAACAUGAGUUUGCAUAUGAUUGGUUAAUUCUGAACAUAGCCAAAUCUCAGUUACCAGAGGGUGUGCACACUUGUGCAAUCACAUUAUUUUAGUUUUCCGCCUCAAAAAAAAAAAAAAAGAUUCAAACAGAGUUGUAGAGGUUACAGGCCACAAUGGUGGAAAAAGUAUUGAAAUGAUUUAUUAUGACCUCAUUUUUUAUAUUAUAAAAACCUGACAUUUACGGGAGCGUGUUGACUUUUUAUAUCCACUGUAGGAUGUUUUGUUCGUACAUUUAAUCCAAAACAUGUAUCCAUCAGGGUUUUGAGUUAUAUUUGAAAAAGGCUUAUUUCUGAGAAAAUGAUAUUCAUUUCCAUCAGUUGUUCAAAUGAAUGGCAAUCAUUUUAAGUGCUCACUCAUUGGAUCAAAUGUUAAAACAAAACAUUGCAUGGACAAAAAAACCCAACAAAAAACAAAUUUGUUAACAGAGCAUUUAAAGAACAGAGGGAUAAAGGGAAAUAUGAAUUUGAAUGUCAAAUAUGUUUGUCUAGUGUACAAGCCAUUUCUAACCCAAAUCACGUCAACACAACAGCCUGUGUGGGCUAAUGCACAAUUGUUUGUUUGUCAUCUGAUUUUCACUUUCCUACCUGACACACACACAAAGAACUCCAGCAUUCACCAAAGAUAAUGUAUUGACUAUUUGAUAGUGUUAAAAAAGGGAUCACUUGAGUCAUGUUUUCUCUUUUUUUUUUGUAUUAAAUGCAUUCUUAUUCUAUUUUUUAUAUUUACACAAUGAUGUAAUAAAGUACAUUAAUAUGA